AUGUCAUUUGCUACCCAAAGUAUCCAUGGAGACGAUGAGUGCAACCGAGUUCCUGAUGUUGCUCCUCCUAUAAAUGUUUCUACAACCUAUCGCUUCGAUAAUGACAAUCUGGUUACGGCGGCAGAACUAGACCCUUCUAUCGGGGUGGACGAGCAACUGGUUUACGCCAGGGAAAGUCAUCCAAAUGCUGUGCGUCUUGAACAUGUCAUUUCCAAGCUGUUAGGGGCUCCUUCUGUUGUUUAUUCAUCAGGUCUAUCGGCCUAUUUUGCAGCCCUUAUCCGCUUCAAGCCCAAAAAGCUGUUCCAAGCUGCUUGUUAUCAUUCCUGCGUUGAGGCUGCUGAGAUCCUGUCCCGCAUUGGUGGCCUUAAGGUUUACACUUUGGACGAUAUCGAUGCCGAGUGUGGUCCGGGCGAUUUGAUCCACAUUGAAAGCCCUCUUAAUCCGUACGGUGAGUGUGUGGACGUUUCUCAUUACGCUGAGAGAGCGCACAAAGUAGGAGCAAAGUUGUUGUUGGACGCGACUCUUGCUCCACCGCCGCUCAGCAAUCCGUGGGACCUUGGAGCCGAUAUUGUAAUGCAUUCUGGAACGAAGUACUUCGGGGGACAUUCGGAUCUUUUGUGCGGAAUCAUUGCCGUCAAGGAUGUCGAAACUGCUAGAUUGAUGAGAAACGAGAGACUAGUUCUUGGAACUAUUCCUGCAAGUCUUGAAAGCUUCUUAAUGUUAAGGUCUCUGAGAACAAUGGAAUUGAGGGUCAGAAGACAGGCUGAGAAUUGUACCGCCCUUGUUAAGUAUUUGAAUGACCACAAAGCGGAAUUCGGUUCUGUAUUGAAGCACAUUCACCAUGGUAGUCUACAACAAGAAGAAUUCGUCAAAAAGCAAAUGACAGGCGGUUUUGGCCCUUUGUUCAGUAUAAUAUUGAACUCUCCCGAUCAGUGUGUUAAAUUGGUGAAAAACGUCAAACUUUUCCAGCAUGCAACUUCCCUUGGUGGUGUGGAAUCCUUAAUUGAAUGGCGGGCUAUGAGCGAUAGUCAUAUUGAUAAAAAAUUAGUUCGACUUUCUGUUGGGGUUGAACACAUCGAUGAUUUAAUCGAUGAUUUAGUCAGUGUGCUGAAAAGAUUAGAGAGUGGCGAUUUGUAA